AUGAAUAAAUAAGUUGAUGAAUUGAAGUAAGAGAUAGAAAGAAACAAUAUUAAAAUUAAAAAGCUUGAAAUAAAGUUAUAAAAUGAGAAAAAAGAAUUAAAGGAGAAAAGAAUAUUAUUAAAUGGAGUUAAAAUUUAAUAUGAAAACUAUUCAAAAUAAGAGUAAAAGCAAACAAAUAACUUUGUUAAGAUUUAAGAGAAGUUAAAUAAAUGUUAAGAAGAAGAGUAUUUAAAAAAAGUUGAACUUUAGAAUGAUAAAUAUAAGAUUUCUUUAAUUGAUUAUGAAGUUGAUUAAAAGGCAUAUUAGAAGGCUCCAUUUAAUUAGAAGCAAUAAUUUAUUGAAUUUAGAGAGAAUGAUGAAAUUGCUUUAAAUUAAUUGGGUGAAUUGGAGAAAGAGAAAAAAAAAAUGAAAAAUACAUAAAAAUAGUAAGCUUAAUUAAAAAAGAAAAUAGAAGUGACAGCUCCAAAAUUAUAAAAAACAGAGAGAUAAUUAAGACAUGAUUAAUAUUAGAAAAUAUAUUACGAAUAGAUGUUAGAUGAUGUUAAGUACAUAAUUGAGUAGAAAUAAAUAUAUAUAUCGGAAUUGGAAUCAUCAAUUAGUGAAUAUUAAAAAAUAUUAUAAGAUUUGAAUUCCGAUUUAUCAAUAGUAAUGAUGAACAAUCUAAAUUUUCAUAAUUGUUCUCAGAAACAUUGA